GCACACGCGAUUAGCGGCAUAGUUGAAUUUCAAACAACAAGCAAUCAAAGCAAGAAAGCGUUGAACAAGCGCACAAAAAACCUUAAACAAAAUCUAAAAUAAAUUUUUUGCCAAAAAGCAAAGCGAAAAAACUGUUUUUAAAUUUUUCAAUUACUGUGAAGUGAAUAAACUAAAUACAAAAGUAAAAAUGUCGUCUCUACCAUUGAUCUUGAGCUUGGCUGAUGAUUUGAGCCGCUUAACGCCAUUCUACGAACCGGUGUUUUACACUCGUUGGCCCGCCGUUACCUCCUCACCCGGUGGCCGCUUACGCAAAUUUGAGAAAGAUUUACCCGUAGCAACUGUGGGAAAAGAUGGCUUCCAAGCCAGUAUGGAUGUACAGCAGUUCAAGCCCAGUGAGUUGAGUGUGAAAGUGGUUGAUGAUCACAUCGUUGUCGAGGGUAAACACGAAGAACGUGAAGAUGAUCAUGGUUACAUCGCACGACACUUUGUUCGUCGCUAUGCUUUGCCAAAAGGAUUCCAGGCCGAUAAAGUGGUUUCCACACUGUCUUCGGAUGGCGUGUUAACAGUUAGUGUACCAAAGCCGGCCAUCGAAGAUAAGUCCAAUGAGCGCGUUAUCCAAAUUCAACAAACUGGACCAGCUCAUUUGAAUGUAAAGGAUAAUCCUGAAGAAGCUACUAAAGAAGAGAAGUCAAAAUUAUAAAGAUUCAGUUCCUGUUAGAUUAAUUUAUUAAGAGAAGAAAAGUCUGUUUAUAAUUUAAGUUUGUAAAUAAAUUUGACUAAAUAAUUUGAAACUUAGAAA